AUCAAGCCCUCCAACCUAAUGACUUCCGUUUCGUUUGACAGCGGUAAAAACAAAACAAUUUUGAUGCAUUUAGUUGAAGACUACAUGUUUUAAAACAGUCGAUGGACUCCAGAAAAUUGAGAACAGUUCAACGUGACCCAUUUGCUGUUGACCCGCUGCCGAAAGCGUAUUACUACCCAUCACCAGAAAAGCAGCUGUCAGGACGGGAAAAAUCAACAUCGGUUUACCUCAACUGUUCAUAUGAGCAAGGCAUUGAAGAUGAGAAAGCCAAAAAGCCUUCCCCAGUUGAUGAAAUGUUUCUGAGGGGUACAAAUACCUUAAACCUGAGGGAAGUUCUAGACUGGGAGCCGGUUCAGGAUGAUAAUGAUUUUGACGAGUCCUGGCCAGCCAGUGAAAGACCAUCUUCUAUCAGUUUGACUGGUUUGGAUGAGAGUGAGUUGGAAGGGUACCAGUCUAUAGUUGAGAGGUUUACUAGACCCCAAAGUUCACACCCAGGAACCAGUGAGGAGAAAAGGAGGUUACAGGCAAGCAGUAGUCAUGAGAGGCUGAGAAUGCCGGGAACUGGUAGUCAGGUCACUGGUGCACCAAGAGGGCCAGUUAAAAGCAGGAUACCAAUCAGUGGAUCAAAGAAACCGACCAGACCUUUCAAGACCUCACAGCUACCUGACAACAAAAAGGCAGGAGUUGCACAGAAAAGUGCCAACACCAAGGCUGAUGGUGGAGAAUCUAUCUUACAAAAGUAUGUGGAGCGGUUUCGAAACAGUGCCCCAAUGAGCAGAGAAGAUAGGCAGAAAAAAACCCAGACUGGUUCAAAAGAUUUCUGGUGGUUAUCUCAAGGUGAAACCCCUGUAAAUGAGGACCAGUCUGUCAGUGAAUCACAUGACCACGAGCAGUCACCAUGGAAACAGAGUGACUCAGAAUCGGAAAAUCCAGGGACAUCACAGCUGACUAAGGAAAAUCUCAACAAAUAUGAGUACUUGAAAGUGAGAAAGCCUCCUGGCAUAAUGGAGUCCCCGGGCUUGAAGAAAACCCAGGAGCUGCAGGACAGGGCUGACAGGCUGCUGGAGAAAAGCCUUAGUAGUACGGCGUCUACUGAGCCUGCCGUCUCCACAGAAGGUCUGGGUAGCAACAUUAGCAGUGAUGUAUCGGGGCUGGAGGAAUAUUCAUACAGACCCAAGUUUGCCAGAUAUCUGGACUCAGAGCUUCCUGCCCCACAGGCCAGAGUUGUCCCCACUAUGCCCGGUCAGCGCCCCCUGACAGAGGAUGACCCCCUAUACCAAUGGAGAUUGAGACGACGGAUAGAGACAGCACAGAAGGCCACACCCAUUGACCCCCCGCAGCAGUUUGACUUCCUGCCCAAAUCUGACCAACAGAGGAAUAUUGAAGCGAAACUGGAGGAGUUUAAACAUCGUCUAGCGGGAAAGCCCUCCAGCCAUCGUCAAUCAAACAGUGUUCAGUUUACACCAGCACCAACUAAUUCACAGCCAUUACAUAUAGAUACCCACACUUAUGAAGAAUCUAGGGUCCAGCCCCAGAUAGCUAGCCCCUCCCUGAAACCCUGUCGACCCCAAAGUGACCCAUUAUCAGAUGUGGACCCCCACUUUCACCUCAUGUGUGACCUCCUACCCUGUCCUCAUAGAGGCCAAUAUGAGGAAAACAAGAUGUUCCAGUCUGAAAGUGAGGGCAAGCAGAAAACUAGUCAGAAAUUCAAGGGAGGACACUCUGAAGCUGAUUUUAUAAAGGGAGAUAAUAUAUGUGAUAAAGGUGAUGAAAAUGUUGAUAAAGCUCAAUAUAAACAAUAUCUAAGGGCUGAAAAACCAGAUGUUGAAUCAAAUGGUACAAGAAGUUAUGAAGGGGAAACAAGUGGUGGUAAUGCUGGUGACAGACCAAAGAAUAAACAUGGUGAUCUUGAAAAGAUUGUUCAAGAUAUUAUGAAAGGUGAGAGUGAUACAGAGAGUGUUAGGUCUGAGAGAAGAAGGAAUAGGAUGGAUAAAGAUGGUGAUACAGAUAGAGACAUAGAGAAAUGUGAUAGUGCUAGAAGCUCUAGUUCAAGACGAUCUGAUAGAAGUUCCCAUUCCAAGAGGUCAGAUCAUGAAAGUGAUCAAAGGCAUGGAAAACAUAGGGAAAGAGAAAGUGUAGAAAAUAGUGGUAAAGCAAGUAGUACAAGACAUGGAAAGCAAGAAAAAUGUUUAGAUGAUAAAAGGGAUGGAGGAGAUAAAAGAUCAGAGAAGGAAACAAGAACUGUAAGGCAAAGUAGAGAAGAGAAAAAUGAGAACGUGAUCAAACCAAAACAUUCCAGCAGUCCUGUGAGGGAGAAGAAAGAAAUUGGCGCAGCCAUUGGAAUGGUCGUGAAGGAGCACCUGUUUAGUACAUCGAUGAGCACAGUGCUAUCAAGCGUGGACAGCCUCCCGCCAACUGUCUCCAAGCAACCCCGGAACACACACCAACCAGCGCAUGAUAAUUUGCAAGAAGAACAAGGUUUAGAUUCAGAUGGGGAGUUUUCUGAGGACCAGCUGUUGAUCAUAUUACGUAAACAGCGGGCAGUGUAUGAGCAACAACUCCAUGCCAUAGAUGAAAAGCUGCAAGUCCUGGAAAGAUGAGAGUUAAUGGAGGGGAGAGCCAGUAGCUCUAUCAUAACAAUACAAUCCAUGUUAAUUAGUUUGUUACACUUAAUAUAAUGGUUGAAAACAUUUUAUUACAUGAUAUUCUGUGGUUUAUUGAUAAAUAAUGCUGCAUUUAUUGAAAUGUAAUUCCCCUUUUUACUCAUUUUAGCCUGUUUCACUGUAAAACAAAAUGAUACUGCACAAAGAACUUGGAUAAAUAUCAAUGACGUCAUUUCCGGUAUGACGUCAUUUGGCUAGAAUUUGACAUAUUUUUCCAAUUAAAUAUAAAUAAUUAGAUAAUGAUGAAUGUAGGCGUGAAAUAAAGAGAAUAUACAUUGAGUGUAAGAUUGCAAUAUAUUUCACCGCAUGAACACCAUAAGUAAAUAUAACCUUGAGUAAAAUGUAUUGUUAUUCAACAAUACAAACAGUUGUGAAUGUGUUGCCUACAUAUUCCUUUCUUCUCAAGGAUAUAUCACUAAAAUAUGUGAUGUUGCAUUUAAAUUGAUAAUUUUAAACAAAUGUCUAAAAGUUGAAUUAGUUAAGAUCAGAGUUGAUGUUUGAAAUAUAGAAUGUGCUACUAUAUAUAAAGAUUAACAAACAGUUAAUAUGGUAAAGUUAACAAUGCUGACGUUAACAACGCUGACGUUAACAACGUUGUUGUUAACAACGCUGACAUUAACAAC